UGCUGGGCCUGGCAGGUAGGUUCCGUUCGCUGGCAGCUGGGCAGCGGUGAGUGGGAGGACAUGCGGGCGAUCGCCAGGGGUCCUCAGGUGCCCGGCGCUUGUAUGGCAUCCUCCGCAGCUGUGUGUGACCGUCCCUGCUAAAAACGCAGGUUCAACCCUCGAACUCAUCUGAUGGUAGAUCCUGACACCAAGUGACUGCUGACACAACCAUUGUUUCUUGGGUCACAUACCAGGGACUGCAAUGGACCUGGUUCUCAGUGCUGCCGACUACUAUUUCUUCACUCCCUAUGUGUAUCCAGCCACAUGGCCCGAGGACAACAUCAUCCGACAAACUGUUAGUCUCCUGGUUGUCACCAACCUGGGUGCUUACAUCCUCUACUUCUUCUGCGCGACCCUUAGCUAUUAUUUUGUCUAUGACCAUUCAUUAAUGAAACACCCACAGUUUUUAAAGAAUCAAGUCUCUCGAGAGAUCAUGUUCACUGUCAAGUCUUUGCCUUGGAUCAGCAUCCCCACUGUGUCAUUGUUCCUGCUGGAGCUGAGGGGUUACAGCAAACUCUAUGAUGACAUAGGAGACUUUCCAAAUGGCUGGAUUCAUCUCAUCAUGAGCGUGAUCUCCUUCCUCUUCUUCACCGACAUGUUGAUCUACUGGAUUCAUAGGGGCCUGCACCACAGACUGCUCUAUAAGCACAUACAUAAACCUCAUCAUAUUUGGAAGAUCCCCACGCCGUUCGCAAGUCAUGCUUUUCACCCUGUGGACGGCUUCCUUCAGAGUCUGCCUUACCAUAUCUACCCCUUUGUCUUCCCGCUGCACAAGGUGGUCUACUUAGGUUUAUAUGUCUUGGUUAAUGUCUGGACAAUUUCUAUUCAUGAUGGCGACUUCCGGGUUCCCCAGAUCUUCAGGCCGUUCAUUAACGGGUCGGCUCAUCACACAGACCACCACAUGCUCUUUGACUAUAACUAUGGGCAGUACUUCACACUGUGGGAUAGAAUCGGAGGCUCUUUUAAACAUCCUUCCUCUUUCGAAGGGAAAGGACCACAUAGUUACGUGAAGAACAUGACAGAAAAAGAAUCCAACAGCCUUGCAGAAAAUGGCUGCAAAAGCAAAAAAUUAUGCAAUGGGGAGUUUACAAAGAACGAGUAGAUGAUUUCCCAAUCAUUAACUAUUUUAAAUAAAAAAGUAAUCUGCACACAGUCGAGAUACAUAGCGAAUAAGUGGUGCCAUUUGAAUGUCAGAGUGCUUGAGUGUUGCGCUGAGGAAAGGUCCUGACAGUCAACAUCGGGAAGACCCUGGCAGCACUGUAAUCUCUUGGUUAAUUGUCCGACAUUGGUCCGGGGACAACUUGUGUCUUUCCAGCCAGCUGGUCUGCAGCCUGUACAGCCCCAACAACAUCUUUCAAUAUGAUAGGAAGAAGCUGGUCUGUGUCCCUUUGCCUUAAUCCACUCAUAUUCAUUAAGGAAAAAAUAACCAUUGUGCUUAACAAUACUGAGAUUAGCCAGGAAAGCCGACCAUGGAGACGCUCCAGUCAGGGAGCGGCUGGCUCUACAGCAGGGCUGGGACUUGCAGGACUUCAUCCACGAAGGAACAGCAGUCCAAGCAGGCUGAUAUGAUACAUGAGUGGCAAUGUAUAUGAUUUACUUAAUGGCUGGUGUAAUAAGAUUAUAUUUUCUUCCUAUAAUAGGCACCUUACUCUCUGGGGCAUUAUCAGAUUUUAAUAAUAAAUAAAUGGUAAUUUAUUAUUCAGCUCUUCCACGAGUCCAGACAGGAGAUUAUUUAAUUCAAGAUCUUGGUGAGUGUCACCUUUUUUAUUUUUUUGUUUUUCGAGACAGGGUUUCUCUGUAUAGCCCUGGCUGUCUUGGAACUCUGUAGACUGGGCUGGCUUCUGACUCAGAGCUCUGCCUGCCUCUGCUGGGAUUAAAGGUGUGCACCACACUGCCCAGCUUGGUGUGUGUCAUUUGAAACACUGUUUAAAAACCCUGCAGCAAUGAAUGGAUAAUGCUAGACAUGAGCUUGUGGCACCCAGGUGACACCUUUUUUAAUAAAGUGGACACACUGUACUUUUAAUGGAUUCUCAGUUACAAAGCUGACUUUCUUAAUGAAGGGAAUAAUCGCCAAGUACUUUAGUCUACCUGAGGAACACUUUCAAACCUCAUCUCCCAUCUCCUCUCUCUCCACUGCCUCCGCAGAAAAACAUGAAAAAAGGUGGGUGUUUUGAGCUAAGUGCAUUUGCGAGGGGAGAAGAUGUUUGUAUAAAGAUAUUCUAAUGGCUACUUAUGCAAAAAAAAAAAAAAAAACAAUAAAAGUUGAUCAUGACUGCUCUCAUCCACAUAAAUGUUAUAGCACAAAGCAUCCCUUGUAUCCACGGGGGUCACCUUGAAGGCACAGAGAUGAUACGGGUUAUAAAAACAGAGCAUCCCACAUGCUCAGAGUCACACAGCACUGGACGCAAAUGUCAGUCACUACAGCCAUCUCCUUCCCAUUUGUUUGUUGACUUUAUCAAAUGCUCUGAGGAAGUGGAAACAGGAAGUAAAGAGGUUCCAUGUAAGAAUCUAGACGCCCUUUUUCCUGGAUAUACCACCCACCAGGACCCUGGGUUUUGAGUACAUCAGCAUCACUAAGACAUGGACUGAUGAGAACGUUGGGUGAAUCUGACACCUAACACUUAGCAGUGCACUGUGCAUGCAAAUGAUCCUUAAGAUACACUGUUUGAUAGUAGGUCAAGAAAUGGUACGUGCAAGUGUGCUGGAGCACACACACACACACACACACACACACACACACACACACACACCCUGAAUAGGACAUCUUGAUCGCCCCAACCACUAAGAAAGAGGCGGCAAGUAGAUUGAGAGCAGAGACCAGGGAAGAUGCUGCAAGAUGCUGGACAUGAGGGGCCUUUGAGCUUGUGAACUCACUGUAGCUGUGUUUGCACAUAAUCCAGCCAGUCAGCAUUCCAGGAUGGAUGGGGUAAGGGGCUCAGAGGGUCCCACCUCUAGCUGGGAGCUUUUGACAGUUCAUGAUUGCUAGGGAAGGAAGAGUCUGUUUGCAGUGGUGCGAUCUCUAACUUACUUUUGCACUUAGAGAUUCUGCACAGACCAGGGCCUGCUCUGAUUAGACUCUGGCUUACAAAGAAAAAGAAUAUAGAUUGGAGAGGGAUGAGGAGGGGCCUGGGGAAAAGGCAGGCAUGAGAAUGGCAGAGAGGAUAUGAUAAAAUGCAGUGUUUGUGUGUGUGUGUGUGUGUGUGUGUGUGUGUGUGUGUGUGUACACUAAAGAAUAGCUAAAUAAAAUUUCAGAGAUACGUGAGUGGUUAGCCAUCAGCCUCACCUCAGGAGUCCCUGAGAGCCUCGAGUUGGGAAAUGUGAGUCAGAGCAGGUGGCAUUUGCAGCCUUGCCUUCUCCCUCCCGGGGAUGAGUCACUGCUGCCCAAUGGGAUCAAGUACGGUGGCUACUGUUUUCUGGGUUCCUUGAUAAUCGAGGUCAGUCUUCUGCUAGGCCCUCGGUAGGAGUCCGGUGGAGGAGCCUGCUUUCCCCUCAUGCUGGAGGGUGAAAAAGAGAUGAGUUACUGAAAUAUGUACGUAAGAUUGAAAAGAGCACACUGCUCACUGUGCAUUUUCUCUAAUGAGGUGAAAUUUCUAGUAUUUCUGUCACUGCAGCGCUCUGUAAAAAUGUGUCAUAAACCAGCCUAUAGUAAAAUUGAGAGACAAAAUAGAAGCCCGUCUUCACCCUAAAAUAGAAUAAAUGUAAGAAGGACAGGAAAUGUAUGACCCAGGCUUUACCAGGGUUUGGUAUAGGAGGAAAAGUAUUCAUAGAAACUUGUUUUAAUAAGUAUUUGCUUUGUGAAGAAGAUACCGCAUAGAUAAUUGUUCAGGGCCAGGAAGUAACCUAAUGGAGGGGUGUGUGCAUGGCAGGUUUAAGGCCCCUAGAGUCAUCCCCAGCCUGACAAAAAUGCCUUCUUCCUAACCUCUGACGUCAAGUUGAAAGUUUGUAUUAAUUCUAAGUGCAAUAGAGUUUAAAAAUAAGCUAUAUUCCGGUUUCUUUAACAGUGAACUCCUAAGUUGAAUCUGUCAAAUCCUUGUAAUGAACUUGUAACCAUUUGCCUUUUUAUAAUGAGAUUUUCUUAAAGUUGGUAAGAGACCUAACAUUUGAUUUAGCCCCCUGGUCAGACUUGGGUUCGACUACCUGGACAGCGUCCCAUCCCUCAGAGAUAACCACCUGACAGUGGGAUGCUGUCUAUCAGAAGUUAGUCAUUUGGCUUGAAGCUGUGCGUGCCCUCUGGUGGAACCAGCUUAUUGCAUGGCUUUUGUUAAUCUCCAUGUCUGUGGCUGUCUCUUUGAAUAUUACAAUUUUACUCAGCCAUUCAUUGGAUGAAAAUCUGACCCGCAUGCUGCUAAAGAAACAAAUAGAAACUUAGUGCACUUCCGUCUAUUAGGGUGGGCACUGGGCUCUGACUCUUCUGCUCUGGCUGUGUGACUGCUUUCAUACAGUUAAAUGUGCCCGUCCUAACUGUACAGUUCAGCCUUGACAUUUCUAUACCAGUGCCAACAUCAGUCCCAGUCAAGACAGAGCAGAUCGUCCACCAGCACAUGCACUGUCUCCUUCUGCAGUCAGUGGGUCACCCCCUCCCCCCUCAUGCACCCCAGGUAGUCAUUCAUCUACUCUAUCUCUCAGGAUUAAUUUUGUCUGUUCUGUUAUUUCAUUGAAGUUCAGGACUGUGUCAGAUGAGGUACACUCCUGUGUUGAAGUUUUAUUUAGCUUAACAUGUUUCGACAUGUGUGCUGUUGUAUUUAUCAAUAGCUUGUUCCUUUUUCUGGGUGAGCAGUAUUCCUAUUAUGAUAUACUUAUUAUACUAAGUAAUAUACUACUAUUGGCUAAUCUGUGUAUCUCUUGAUAGAUAUUUGGGUUAUUUCUAGUGUGGGAAUAUUUUGAAUAAAGCUACUAAGACAUUUGUGAACAAA